UAGUCAAAUACUUUAGUGGUGUUUUUUUUUUCCAUAAAUAAACAUUUUUGUUUGGGGUAGGGCGGCUGGAAGGGAUUAAUGUCUUUUUCCUAACUCCUAAACCCAAUGGAUUUGGGACGACGGGACCUCGGAGUCGAAGCUCGUCCGAGUCCGCUCGAGGUGUUGCGUGUUUGGGAUUGUUUUGAUGAGCGCAGGCGGCCAUCUUGAUGUGCAGCAAAUUGGAGGACGGCGACUCAAUCGGGACCACGAAGAAGCGGUCGAGCUAAAAAAACACAAAUGUUAGCCGCCCCUAUUUUCGCUCCCUUUAAAGGAAUAUGUUUUUUAAACGUUCCUCGCCAGCUCCCGUUUGAUUGCGGAACCACUAAAAUGGGCGAACACCGAGGCGAGUGUUUUGCCGGAUAAAUCCCGGACGAGGUCGAACGACGACUGCCGCAGCGGCUCCCCUCUUCCCCCCGUGUAUGGUUUACAUUUCUGGAUAAAGAAGUGACUAUGAAUGGAGGAUAAAUGUUGCCAAAGGCUGACAGCAGCAGUUUCGUCCUUUUCUCUCUGCUCUUUGUCCUCACGUUGACGGACCCGCCGCAGCCGGGUGCCCGGCUAGCGCUGGCAAGAUUAUUGUCAGAGCAGCGCUGCAGCCCCGGGCAGUUCGCCUGCCGCAGUGGCAAGAUGCAGUGCAUCCCCAUGUCGUGGCAGUGUGACGGCUGGACGGCGUGUGAGGACCAGAGCGACGAGAUGGACUGUCCCCCCAUAAAGGAAGAACGGUUUCGUUUCGGCCAAGGUUACAACCAGGUGGAGGACGUCAUCGGCGUGGCUCAGCCCAUGCGCUACAACAAGAAAUGCCCCAACGGGUGGCACCACUACGAGAAGACGGCCAGCUGCUACAAGGUGUACCUGCGCAGCGAGAACUACUGGCAGGCGGCCGACACGUGCCAGAAGGUGGACGGCUCCUUGGCCACGUUCGUCACGGACGAGGAGCUGCAGUUCAUCCUGAAGAUCGAGGUGGACUUUGACGACCAAGUGUGCGAGCUCAGAGACCAGUGCAAGUUCUGGGUGGGCUACCAGUAUGUGAUCACAAACCAGAACCACUCUGUGGAGGGCCACUGGGAGGUGGUUUAUAACGGCCCCGUGCAGGUGUUCCUGCCGCCCGACGUCCUCCCCAACCUGGGCGAGGCCAACCAGGAUAAUGUCUUCUGCGCCCAGCUGCAGCGUUUCCAGCUCAAGAGCAUGAACGAGCGCGGCCUGCACAGCUGGCAUGCGGAGAACUGCUACAAGGAGUUCCCCUUCCUCUGCAAACGCAAGCAAACGUGCGUGGACAUCAAGGACAACGUGGUGGGCGAGGGCUACUACUUCACGCCCAAAGGCGACGACCCGUGCCUGAGCUGCACGUGCCACGACGGAGAGCCCGAGAUGUGCGUGGCCGCACUCUGCGAGAGGCCGCAGGGGUGCCAGCACUUCCGCAAGGACCCCAAGGAGUGCUGCAAGUUCACGUGCCUCGAUCCAGAUGGAAACAGUCUGUUUGACUCGAUGGCCAGCGGCAUGCGUCUGAUCGUCAGCUGCAUCUCGUCCUUCCUCAUCUUGUCUCUGCUGCUCUUCAUGGUGCAUCGGCUACGACAGCGCCGACGCGAGCGCAUCGAAACGCUCAUCGGAGGAAACUUGCAUCACUUCAACCUGGGCAGACGCGUCCCUGGCUUCGACUACGGGCCGGACACGUUCGGCACAGGCCUCACGCCGCUGCAUCUGUCGGACGACGGCGAGGGGGGCGCCUUCCACUUCCAGGAGCCCCCGCCGCCCUACGCCGCCUACAAGUACCCUGACAUCCAACACCCCGACGACCCCCCGCCUCCGUACGAGGCAUCCAUCAACCCCGACAGCCUCCUCUACGUGGACCUCAGACACGGCAGCGCGCCAGUGAUGCCGGGCCACCACAUGACCGUCACGGUGGACGGAUUCCAGCAGACCCUCGACGCCCCAGCCGGUCCGGUCCUCGCAACGGCCUCCCAAGCCAGGGAGGACUCUGUGGACAGCAGCACCCUCCUGGUGGGACCCGACACCCACAGCGCGGACGGCCAGGCGCCACUGGGCGGCGCCACGCCAUCCGACUGCGCCUCGCCGUCCUCCCUCAGCACGGCCGUCUGAGACAGACAGACGAGCAGACAGGACUGUUGUGUAUAAAGAACACUAAUUUAAGGCUGCAUUUUUACUGAUCUGAUUGGUCCACAUGCCCCCAGGAUGUAUAUAAGCCCCUCAGGUAGGUGAACGUGUCCCCCGAGCUAACGCCAUCGUGCUCCUGUCUCGACUCGAUUCUUUCUUACACUGUGUGGAUUGUGCAACACGGUACAUUUACUUUACUCGUCCUUUUCUGUUUUUCGACUAAUGAAUGGUUGAUGUAGACGGAACCUGAACGCAUCAUGAAAUGUGAAACAAUUCAACACCCCCUCGUCAUCUCCCCCUCCAUCCUCAUCCUCAUGGACAUUUUUGGGUCGACAAUCAUCUCCCGGUCAUCGAUUACGGUGAUGUACUUUUUUUCGUGUAAAUCUCAAUUUUGGUAUAGUAAAAUUAUGUUUUUUCACGUAAAAAAAUUAACAACUGCAUUCACGUAAAAUUUCUAUUUUCCCUUAAAAUUACUUUUUUGUGGGGUAAAAUUUUCUAGCCGUAUUUUGUCUUUAUUCCCAUAUGACUUGUUUCUCGUAAAAAUUACAACUGAAUUUACAUUUACACUUAAAAUAUACGGUAGAUUAUUUUUUUUUCUUGGAGUAUCAUGACAAUUUGUGGGGUAAAAUGGCAUUUUUCUCAUCAUAUUUUGAUUCUCCCCCCCCCCCAUAAAAUUACAUUUUUCCCACGUACAAUAUUACAACUAAGCAUUUACACACAAAAUUAGGACUUUUUUUUGUAUUACUACAGCUUUUGGGGGGUAGAAUGACAUUUUGUUAUGUAAAAUUCUGAUUUGUUCUCAUAAUGUUACAACUCUUGGGAAGAUAAAAUUGUGUAUUUUGACUUUCUCAUAAAAUGACAAAUUGUUGCAUGUUAAAUGACCUUUUUCAUGUAUAAAAUACAACUUUAUUCCUGCAAGACAUUGUAGGCAAUUACAGCUGCAUUUCUGUAAAAUUACAAACCUUUCAUGUAAAAUUAACUUUUUUUGGGGGGGGGGGUAAAAUUAUAUUUUUCUCACCAUAUUACGCCUUUUUUUUUUUUACAUGUAAAAUCGACGUGCAAGAUUUUCACGUAAAAGCAUAGUUUUUCCUCCUCAUCUUACACCUUUUUGGGGAGCUCAAAUUAAAUUAAAUUAAAGAUUGAGACUUAUUUCCAUAUAAUGACAAUGUAAUGUAACCGAACUUUUUUUCACGUAAAUAAGACCUUUGUUCCCAUCCAAUUACAACAAUGUUAAUGUGAAAUUACAACUUGUUUCUCAUGUUCCAAUUUAAACAACUUAAUGACUAAUGAAAUGUCGAUGUAGACAAAAUCUGAACACAUCAUGAAAAUGAAUUAUUCCAACCUCCAAUCAUGAUCUACACCCUUUUUUUCUACCACCACCUUUUUACCUUUCCUCAACUCGCUUAGUCUUUCUCCUCAUGGACACUUUUUUUUUUUCUUUUGGGUGGACAAUCAUCCCCUCAUCAUUCAUUUCAGGUGAUGUGCUUGUUUUCCCCACCAUUUUGGUUUUGGCCAUGACAGUCGCUCAGUGGAGUGCAUGUGUUUUCUUUCUUUGUCGAACUGCAGUGCCUGGUGUUUUGUUGUUUUUACAGGGCCCCAGACAUGAAGUGGGGGGUGGAGGUGAACAAUACUGAAUAGUAAUUUGUGUCCACGAAAUACUAAUUUGCGUGGUUAUUCUUCUUGGACGUCUUGGUAAACAAGUAGUGUGCACCUUUGCUAGAAAUUGCACGUCACCGAUCUUUAUUUCUAAUGAAUGUGCAUUCCAUUUGCUUAACCAAAUGUCCAGGAAUGAUAUUAAUUUGUAUUUUGCGCGUGCAUUAUUCCUAAUCUGCAGCUGCAAAUGAGUAUUUGAUGGAUAAAAAUGAAAUAAAUGACACCCCCCCCCCCCCCCCCCCACCCCAAUGUCUUGUGUUGCUACGUACUUCUGAAUGCAUGCUGGGAUAGUUUUUUUCUUCUUUCCAACAACAUCCUGGUCUCGCUGGAUGCAAGCAGUGCGAUUUAUUUUUCCCAAUCGAGUUUGGACUGAUUUGACUUUUUCUGUUUUUGAUUGAAAUGUCUUUUGAUUCUUUGGUAGCUUGGAAAUGAAGCGAUGCCCUUGUUUGUACAGAAGGCAUUUGUGUUUUUUGUCAACUAGAUGUACUGUACGUCAAAUUAAAUGCCAAAUAAAUGAAAUGACACACCGUG